AUGACAAAAGCCUACCACACAAUACCCUUGAAGUCACAUAAACUCAGGAAAUUACACAUUCUUGGUAACGUAGUAUCAACGAACGGUCAGCGACCCUACACGUCAUCGCACCUAUCGCCUUCAUCAUCGGGGUCGUCGUCGUACUCGACAGGCGCUGUUAGUCUGCCGUCGUCCCACACCCUGGCACGUUUCACCAUGAGGGGUCCGUGCUUCCGACGAGUGAGCUCCUCGCAUUGUAUGGCUCCAUUGAGUGACGUCACUACCCUCCACGAUGAUUGCUGCUCUUCCGUUGGGCAGGGGUGGGGUAAUGGAUGUUACGCCUGUCCGCAGAUGUUAGGGCAGGAACUGCAUUGUCCCCGUGGAUUCAAGAAAUCACCGGAUACUGGAAAGUGUAUCGAUGUGGAUGAAUGCACUGCAUUUGACAACAUCUGCAUGCACGGUACUUGUCUGAACUCACAGGGUAGCUACAGGUGUCGUUGUGAUGAGGGCUACAUGUCGGAUACAUCAGGAACACAGUGUGUAGGUGAGUACUGCACUUUGAGCUUGUGGAUAUAGCAUUGGUGUGGCAACUAUAGCCAACGGACAGUAUUUGCAAUUUUUCUUACCACCAUGUGGUGUAUUGGUAUUGUGUCAGACACGCAGGUGUGUACUGCACUUGUGGUUGUGGAUACUGCAAAAACUGCAAGGCCGUAGAUGCAGGGAGUUAACUCCCUGGUAGAUGAAACGACUUGGGUAAAGUUUGUCGAAUGCUCAUUUUCCCGUUGGCUGUUAAUUCACAUAUAUUGGCUUCAUACAGGGGCCAUGCUGUUCCAGAUAGCAGCGGCUUAUAACUAGUGAUGUAGGCCAAUUUAGGCCUACAUGAUUUUUAUUAGGUGCUAUUAGGUGUUAAGCGACUGUGGUUACUCCCCUUUCAGUGCAAUUUUCGUUGUGUAAAAUACAUACCACCAGUCCCUCGGUGGUCUUUUAAUGGCGUAUGUAAUGUAGGAUAAUCCAGGUUUAAGAUAAGAGGCGUGUCAGAACCGUCUCUUGCAAAUCUUGAUGAUACAAUUCAGACAUUUCGGACCACAUUAACUUACAAUGCUUUAUUGCAGGAUUAACGGAGACCAUUUAACUUUUAGUACCUAUCUCACAAUCUACCUAUUCAUCCGUAUACACUUUCCAAUAAACGGAAAAGUAGAUGUCGGCGAUGAUUUACCCUCUUUUAUCUAUUCACCGUCUUCUAUCGUUCUGUAUAAUUAUUAUUCUCGUUUUUAAAUAAGCACAUUCCUCUUCUUUUAAACAUUAUAUUUUGUUAGGCCUACAUGAAGUAAAAAAACCAUGUCCCUCUUCAGGCUCUUGAACGCCACAAUUGUCUAUUAUUGCUACGUGCGAAAUUAUAUGAAAUGGUAAGGGGUUUGCUAAACGUUAAAGGCCUCGCAACCUUUUCAAAUCAUGAGACGCAGUCCUUGAAAUAAGCAGUCUUUUUUAACGCAUUCACUUGAUGAUCAAAACAAGAUUUUCCCUCUCUUAAAGAGGUGUUUAUGCGGUAAGUACUUUCUAUAUCCACCAUUUAAGGAGAUGUUUUUAACAAAAAUCCCUGGCAGAAAACGAUAAAAACUGUUUGGCGUUCUUGGUUUGUUUCAAUCGAUAGCGAUCGUUUUUACUGUUUUUACAUAUUUUAGAGUAAUAUUGGUGAGGUCUAUACGCUAGAACUUGGAAAUACACUAGUGAAUUGAUGAGGGACAUGCGAAGUUUUGACGUGUGUCUCGUAUUUAUUUUUCAACAAACUGUUAUUAUCGCCAAGAAUAAUUAUGUCAAUUACGUAUUGGUGAGGCAUCGAGGCGUUUCGUGUUUCGUGUCUUUACGGACCACCUUGUUUAUGAGAUAACUUGUGUGUGGUCUUAAUGGCGGCACGUACCUUUAUUCUUGUAUUUUCUUCUUUUGUUAUCUAGCGUGCUUUUAUAUAGAUGAAUCAUUAGUGUGUCAAAAACAUAGUGGAAAUAAUUUUUGACGAAAGACACUUUGUGUACGUGCAAAUUCUUGUUCUUGAGUGCGUUAUGUGCAAAAACGAUAUAAAACAUUUGAGGAUUCUUCAUUGUUAAUAUCUUAUGUCCUGAUUAUCCCUCUCCUCUUCUUCUUAACUUUCUUUCUUUCUUUUUUCCUUUUUCUUUCUUAUUCUUCUUCAUCUUCUUCUUCUACUUCUUGUAACGUCGUCGUCAUCGUCAUCAUCUUCUUAUUCUUAUUAUUAUUAUUCGUCUUCUUCGUUUCCCUUUUCCAUUUUCUUCUCCUUGUUUUUAUUUUUAAAUUAUUCUUCAACUUCUCUACCAAUACUAUACCAUCUUUGGAGAGGACCUUAAGCCGUCGGUCCUCUGGUUGCUUGCUUACAAGCAUUCAUGCUUUCUUAGCAAUCAGGUAAAAAAUCACCACCAAUCACCAAUUUUUGCUUUAUCCUCGAUGUUAAUGACUAUAAGCUUUCUUUCCAUUUCAUCUACAUUCUUCCCUAAUAGACUGAUACACAUGUAGGAGAAGGCGGAAAUUAUUACAUGAGAAGAGGAAAAUUGACCACCAUCCGAAGCAAAAUGUAACCCCCCGCAGAAAACUCUCUUUGGAACACGAUUACGAAAUAAUUGUAAUUAUAGUCAUUAUAGUGACAACAGGAGUACUAGUAGGAAAAUUAACUGUCAUCCGAAGCAAAUUGUAAAAGAAAAACCCGCAGAAAACCUUCUUUGGAGCACAAUGAUUAUGAAAUGAAUGUAAUUGUAAUCAUUAUACACUGUUAUAGUGACAGCAGAAGUAUAGUAGGAAAAUUAACCAUCAUCCGAAGCAAUAUGUAAAAAAAACACCGCAGAAAACCUUCGUUGGAACACAAUGAUUACGAAAUAAAUGUGUUUCAUAUUCAUUAUAGUGACAGAAGGAGUACUAAUACGAAAAUUUACCAUCAUCCGAAGC